AUUGUGGAGCAUACUGACGCUCAGUUCUGCUGUUUAUGGUUUUGAAAAGGACACACAGCUAACACUGAGCAGGAUUCAGUGCACGUGGACACUGUCAUUAACACUGGAGCCAGCCCAGAAAAGAGAAUCACAUUUGGAGGGCAGUGUACACUUAGUGACACACAAUGCUUUGCACAAUUCUAACGAAGAUGUCUAUUUGUCUCUUUGUAUUCAGUUUAGUGAAGCGCACAGAACAGGAGAACGACACCAUUAAUGUCACCAUAAGUACAUAUGGGAAACAAAAUGGAACAAAGUUGCAAACAAUCUGGAACGGCUCUAGCAUAGACGUGUUUGACAAUGUGCUAAGGAAUGACCCCCCAGUGUGCGCCUAUAGAAAUGAUAGCUGUUCUAUAAAUUGCACUCAGUUACCUUAUAAAACAUCUAUUUCUAAUAUUACCAACAUGGAAACUUAUGUUGAAUUCUCAGGAUCCAGUUUGAAAUUCAACGUGUCUCUUUCAUCCUUGUCUUCUAGAGCAUCUUUCUCCUCUACAUGUGAAAUAACAUUAUGCGGGUGUACCUACAUUGACAACAAGCUUGAAAAUCUGAAGAAUGAAUCAGGAGAGCCAUGGAAUAGAUUAUGGGAUCUGACACUUAUAGAAAAAGAUUGCCCGCGGCAGUUAGAACAUUGUCAAUUGAUGUACAUCUAUACCCAACUGCAAACCUCUAUUUUAAUGGAUUUAUAUGAUGGAAAUUUUAAAGGCAUGAGACAAGACUACAACUUUAAUGAUAUAAUAAUAUUGUCUGUGAAUAAAAUAAAUGUUUCUGAAGAAGUGGAAAUGGAAAUUCCUGUGCCAAUGUUUUCCUCUGAGGAGCAGAGGAACUUCACACCAAAAAUAAUCCUGCCGACCGAAGCAAUACGGAAGGGCCGGCAGAUGGAUGAUGGGUACAGGAGGGUUGCUGUCAUACUUUACAAUUCAUCUACCCAGUUUGAGACUUCACAGAACAAGACGAUUGUGAGUUUGGUGAUUCGUAUUCAGGUUGUUGACCCACAGAGCAUCAUCUCAAACUUGACAACUCCAGUUAAAAUGUAUUUCCCACUCUAUAAUAUUUCAAAGUUUCAGAACCAAAAAACAGAUUGCUUGUUUUAUAACGAAUCAACAGCUGAUAGUCCACUGUGGAGUGACGAAGGAUGUCAAAAGGCCAAUGAAACAGAUACAAUAACCGUCUGUACCUGCAACCACAUGACUGCCUUUGCUGUGCUCAUGGUUCCAAUAAAAGGCAUAGAUUCGAAGAACUGGGAAAUACUGUCAGUUAUUUCAUACAUUGGCAGUGGACUCUCUGCAGCUUUUACAGCAAUCUCUGUGCUCAUGUACUUUAUAAUCAGGAACCCCAAACAGGAUCAUUCGACCACAAUCCAUGUGUGCCUGAGCGCUGCCCUCUACCUUCUCAACAUGAGCUUCCUGCUCAAUGAGUGGCUGGCCAGCAUGAACCAAGACGCCAUCUGCAAAGCCAUUGCCAUCCUCAUGCAUUACUUCCUCCUCUGCUGCUUCAGCUGGAUGGCCGUCGAGGCCAUUCAUCUGUACUUCCUCAUGGUCAAGGUCUUUAACACCUACAUCCGCCACUACAUCGCCAAGUUAUCACUCCUGGGCUGGGGAAUCCCAGUCCUAAUAAUUGGGAUUAGCGUUUGUGUCAGAAACGACUUCUACGGGUCCAUCGGAGUGACAAUCCACUCAACCAACCAAGACAGUAAAAUAUGCUGGAUAGUCAACCAAACCUUUUUCUAUGCUUUAAAUCUCUGCUAUUUUGCAAUUAUAUUUCUGUUCAACACGGGCAUACUCAUCACGGUGGCAGCAAAGAUCGCUCAGCUGCGGAGGUUUGGAAGCUCACUCCAGAACAGAAGAGCCGUCUGGAAAGACGUCUUCACCGUGUUUGGGAUGUCCUGCUUGUUGGGGACAACCUGGGGGCUGGCUUUCCUUGGAUUCGGGAUUUUCACCAUUCCCGUCCUAUACCUCUUCAGCAUCUUCAACUCCCUGCAGGGAUUUUUCAUAUUUAUGUGGACCUGCGCAUCAAGUAGAUCAAAGAAGCUGAAAAACCCUGAGACCAAGAACACCAAUAUAGGCGGGGAGCUAAGCUCUCUCUCAAAUCAGGAGACAUGCAUUUACCCAGGAAUCCAAAUCAGCACGUACCAGUAGCUAGGCCUCUUGGUGGCAAGGAUCAUUGUCCGAUUGACCUCAUGUAUGAUUUCUAUCGUGCAUUAUUAUUAUUAAUAUAAAUACAAGCAAUAUGCCAAAAAGAAGAGUCUGCCUGCCAUCAACGCAAACUGUUGUGCCAAAUAAAUCAAAAAAGACUAACACUAUGUUUAACCAUUUUAUUGCCAGUAUAGGGAAGGGUUACCAGAUGUCCUGAGUAAACUGGGAUUGUCACACUUUUCAGCCUUCAUUUCUUGUCCAACAGUAACAGUAAUUGUUGUCAACCCAGUUUUGCUAUAUUGUAUUCAAAUUUUAUGCAUGUAUUAAACUGUAUCAGUGUGCUCAGCAAAUGUAUUAUAUAAAAAUAAAGCUUAUGGAUUACUUGUUUAAUAUUUCUAAGUGUAGCAGCCUUAGCCAAUGUUUCAUUUAAUUAUUACACAGUUGCGUGUUCUGCUUGUAAUGUAACAGCGUAGUUUUUUUCUGUAGUUCUUGUUUGUCAUUAUAAUUUGAUUGUAACAAUGUAAUAAUCCACGUGGCAGGUUUACUAAACUUCAGUGUCAUUGUAAAGUUGGCAAUGUUAUUUUUUCUGAAACAAGACUGUUACCAUGUUUAUUGCAAAACAGGCAAAUUAUCCGCACGGUUACUGCACUGCAUCUAUGCUUUUGUAUUCAAAACAAAAUUCUAUCAGGAACACCACUGUGUUACAAGGUUGCGCUAACACUCCUUUGAAUGACAAUGUCAUUGCCGUAUCAUCUUGUAACUGGCUCUGCUGUAUAAAGGGGCAACACACACAUCGUUUUAAAUAUUUGUUUUAAGAUGCAGGUGAAAAUGUGGCAUCCGUUUAUGGAGCUGUGCUGGCACUAACUGGCAAUCCUAUUUCAAUCUGUGUUUUAAGUAGAUUUGAAUCAUUGUUUUCUGCUCUAAAAAACACACCAAAACCUGGUCAAAAAGCUCCUGCAAAUCUGUCUCUGAAAAAAUGAAUGGGUAUUCAAGUACCAACUGUAUUUUUCUUGCACAACGCUACUGUGAAACACUGUGCUUCAUUGGAUUAUUAGCAGAAAGAGUACAAGGAUAUUUAGAAACGGUUUGUAUAAUUGAUUACAAUUUUAAGACUCGAGGACUUCCAUAAAUGACAUUUCCUGUAUCGGUAUGUGAAAUGGAUUUCUAACCUGUAUUUUGUGUCCAAAAAAAAAAAAAAAGUUAAGAUUAUUCUGUAAUGUUCACUGUAACUAGUGUGCUCAUUAUGAUAGACUACAUACUGCAAUAGACUACUUGCACAGCAGUUGGAACAAUACUUGAAUUAACAGAGAAAAAACUAAAAGGUGCAGACACAAAGGUAAAAUCACCACUACUGACUCAGCAAGACAUUAAACUGGCUUGUAUCAAUUAGACUUCAUUUUAGCUCAUUUGUUUGCAUUGUAAAAAAGCCAUUAUACAAAUUUAGUAUGCAAAUAAAGGGGAAGAAAAGAAUCAAGAUAUGAAUAUUGUAAUAAGCCUUGAGGAGAGAAUCUAUCUGGAAUGCAAAAAUAGAUCUGAACUAUUGAUCAAAUAUGCAUUUAAGUUUAUUCUGGCAAUUACAGGGAAAUAUUGUUUGGUGACAAAGGUGAUCAGUCAAAAUCCUUAUCCUGCAAUAGCACAGAAACCCAUCUGGUGGAAGAGGGGAGAGAAAAAAAAAAAAAGUUUUGCUGUUACUCGCAGCCUGGAAAGCCAUUGUAAUGUUUCAUCUGCAGUCCUGCAAACACCUGAGUUAUAAUCAAUAAAUCAAAUUGGGUAGAAAAAAAAAGCCAAUUUAUAUUUUCAGGAUUAAUGUUGUGAUCCUAAAUAAAUUAUGAAGCAAAAGUGAUUUAAGAGGUACACUGUGCUACUCAAUUUCUAUCA